AUUUUCAUUUUUAUUUCCGCAGCUGUAAGCAGGCAGAAGAGGAUUUCCUGAUAGACUGAAAGUUUCAGUUUGCGCCAUUUGAGUGCCAACCACCGGAGUCUGGUCUGCAGGGGGCUUUUCACACGUGAGAGGACAUGUUGGUUAAGAAGCUUCUGUUAGACACUCUAGAAGACCUGGGCGGCGAUGAUUUCCGCACUUUUAAGUGGUACCUCUCAAUGGACAUCUUGGACGGCUGCAGGCCAAUUCCCAAGUCACGUCUGGAGAACGCAAACCUGACAGAAACUGUGGACAAGAUAACGGAGACCUACGAAGAAGAGCUGGCUGUGAAGAUCACCGCUGAGAUCCUGAGGAAGACGUACCAGAACAACGCUGCACAGAACCUGAUGAGCAGAUACGCAGCAGAGGGAAACGCAGCUGCCUCCUCCUCCUCCUCCACCUCCACCUCCUCUGCUGUGGCACCUCCUGCUCCUGCUCCUCUGAUGGCUCAGCAGGGAGGUGUGAUCAUCGCCCCGACGCUCACCAGUGGCACCACCGGAUCGUGGAAUAUAACCAUCACAAAAUGAACACACAAACUGUAAGGGAACCAGCAUUAUAUGUGUGUUGUUGAGAUUUACUGUCAGGCAGCGGGUACAAACACAUAGGAAACCUCUGCACAUUGUAACACAACAUGGGGAAGUCCAGAUGUUCUGCUGUUAAGAACAUCUGCAGUUUUUGUUGUUGUUGUUGUUGUUGUUGUUGUUGUUGUUGUUGUUGUUGUUGUUUUGUUUUGUUUUUCUUUUCUUCUCAUGGCCUUGGAAUAAUAAUACCAUUUUGUGACACUUUAUGAUUUAACAUUUAUUUAUAACACACGGUGAUGUAGCUGUAAACGGACACAUUUUUAAGAGUUUGUUAGUGUACAGUACAGAAUAUAUUCUAAAUUUUCCUGUCAAGACACCUUUUAUAUUAUAGCAAUUCAGGUUUAGUAUAUUAUCAUACAAGUUACAGAUGGUGAUAAAGACACAUUAAUUAGGGAGUGACUGAUAUGUUUUCUCAAUAUCAGUACUGAUUAUUAAAGAUUAAGGAUAUUUGGAACCAGUAUACAUUGUAGUACUUAAUACUUCCACUGCACUACAAUUUUAAUUAGUAGUUACUUUGCACUGCACUGCAUGGUUAUUUUCUGUAAGCGUAACAAAAAAAGAGUUACACUUAACGAAUAGUGAAAAGGCAGCCAGAUGAACUGAGACACAAAAGAUUCACAGGCCCUCACAUCAGCACUAGGAUUAUUUGUUUAUUGUAUGUGUAUUAUUAACAUGAUAUCAGUAUUUUUAUUUUUUUUAAAUGUCACGAUUAUCAUCAGUAGUGGUGUAUCGCAACGUCCGCACUGCAUCAUAGUGUGUUAUAAAGCAUCUAUUCGCUAACGCUUUUGUGUACCUGAAAUGGUAGCUAACUUUUGUACUGAAUUAUUGUGUGAAAUUUUUUAUAAUGUUUCAUGAUCUUUUUUAUAAAAUCAUGGAAAGCUUCAUGUUUUUAAGUCUUGAAGAGCACCUCAAGUCUAAUGCUGACCACCACUGAUGACCACGAUGAUGUGACAUCAGGUCUGGCAGGAUAUAAAUUUUUCUUUUUAUAUCAAGUACCCUGAGUACCAUUUGAUACAAUUUUUACAUAAAAUGUGUUUGAAGGUACUUUUGUUCUAAAUAAACAACAACAAAACAA